CACUCAAUGUGAAACGUCAUUUCAUAUACCCACCUAUCUAGAUAAAUAAAAUAAUUAUUUAUUGUUACAAUUAUAAAUAAAAAGUGAUUCAUUAUUAAUCAUCUAUCAACACUGAAUCAAAUAAUAGCUUUCUACAAAUGUAUUGUAAUGUUCAACAUUUAAUGAACUAUUUUACGUGAUAGCUUUGCUGCCUUGCAGCAAGUUUGGGCUUAUCGUAUUUUUCUAUACGUGAAAGAGUUCAGGAUGACUCUUGCAGAGUUUUUCAGCUGUUCAUUGCUCGCCUUCGGCGCUCCUCUGGCCAUGUUCUCGAUGACAGUGGCCAACGAUCCAGUGAGAAUUAUAAUCAUGAUAGCAGCAGCAUUUGGAUGGCUACUAUCAUUUCUCCUAUCAUCUGUGGUGUGGUAUGCCGUUGUGCCACUACGUUCAUAUUUGGCCUUUGGCAUGGUGUUUGCAAUCAUAUUUCAGGAAGCAUUCCGCUAUGGUAUGUAUCGCCUGUUACGAAAGACAGAAGCUGGUCUAAAGGAGAUAUCAGAGAAUCACGACAUUGGCACAAAUAAACUUGAAAUGGCUUAUGUUUCCGGACUCGGAUUUGGAAUGAUGAGUGGUGCUUUUGCACUUGUUAAUGUUUUAGCAGAUUCGAUUGGUCCAGGCACAUUGGGACUGCAGAGUGGUACGGAAUACUUCUUCGUUACAAGUGCGGCCAUGACACUCUGCAUGAUCCUGCUCAACACGUUCUGGAGUGUGAUAUUCUUCAGUGGUUUAGAUGAGAAGAACUAUUUCAAAGUCCUCUGGGUGAUCAUAACACAUUUCUUUGUUUCAGUUUUAAGUUUAUUAAAUCGCAGACAACUGUAUGCAGCCACAUUGUUCCCCUCGUAUAUAGUAUUAAUAAUAACAGCUAUAAUUGCAUAUAGAUCAGCCGGGGGCACAUUUAAGAGUUUCAUACAGACUUUUAGGAGGACAUAGAUGUAUAACAUGAUGUAAUAUGACCUUUUUAAUCAAUGUGUAACAUGACAAUCGUAAUUAACUAAUUAACCACUUAAUGCGAGGGUUUUUCUGUGAAAUGAGGUCAACUGGCGCACUGGCGCACACACUUAAUUCGACCGAGCAUACAAUAAAUAUACACUAAGCUCUAUGAAAUACAAACUGACGAGAAGGUAUCACUCCAGAUAAAAAUAUAAACAUAAUAUUUAUAAAUGGCGAGAGGUAUUUGGGAUAGCGCAAAGCGGAACACAUUUGAUGGGCGAGAGGGUCUCGUUCGUGGUGCUUAAGUGGUUAAACAAAUAUUCCUGGAUGUAAUUCACUGUAUUAAUAAAGAUUCGAUAAUAACCUUUGGGGCUGAUUAGAAAUGUACAAACAGGACUAUUUUAUUUAAAUAGACACAUGAUCCUACAAAUAACAUGUUAUAUAAAGCUCUACUUACUUUGAAAUUAUGCUAUUAGGCCGAUAGUACCUAGUUUAAUACCCAUCAAUAGUCGAAAAACGGACAACAAUACACCAGUGUCUCUUUAACCAUGACUUUAGAAAAAUCACUAACUUCAGUGGAUGGCAGCCAUUCAAAUUAAAGAAGUUAAUAACUUCAUGAAUUUUGUGACAUAACCAUCGUUUAAUCCUAAUAUAUAAUUAACAAUUAUAAUAAUAUCUAUGCCUAAAGAUAUCUAAAGAUGUUUAAAAUAUUAUAUAUGGUAAUACUCAUACAAUAGAAUGUAAAGAUCUCUAAAAUUUGUGAAAGAUAUAUCAAAUGUCAGUUGAGAUUAGAAAACAAACUGGAUACUGUAUCUGUAAAUAAUGUUCUAUUGUUAAUAACCUAUACAGGUCUGCAUGUAAUAUAUUACAUAAAUGUAUGAAGUAAUUCACUAAUGUUGUCAAUGAAAUAUAUGAAGUAAAUUGAUUUAUAAGUUCAUUACAGUAAACUAUGUGAUAAUUUAAUAUUUAUUUAGCACUUGUCCAUUAAUAACAUGGGUAAUAAAAAGUAACUUUUGUUUACGCACCAUGCUAUAAUCAAAACGAGGAAAUAUCAUAAAUUGUUUUUAAUAAAUUACUUAUACCUCAUAUAAAUGCAAUAUAAUUAUGUACAAAAGUCAAUAUGAAUUCACAAUUAUUAAUAAAAAAAAAACAUCAGUGUAAUUUAAAAAUAUUUAUUACUUUAUAUUUAAGUGAGAAACCAUUCCCAAUUGUAUAAUAAAAAGUAUGGACGGAACUGAAUUUAGCAAUUUAUAAGUACUUGUAUACUUGUAUUAGCUUUUUUUAUAAAAUAAAUUAAAAGUAAUAGACCUCUA